AUGGGGGUUAAGACGGUCAGUUCAGGCUGUGUGGGUGUUGUCGAGACGGGCCAAUGGGGACACUCGGGGACGCAUCAUACAUCGAGCAGGGUCUGGAUGCCGGUCGAGUUCUGGGCCGACUGCAGACGCCUGUUAGCCACAACUGCCGUUUCUGACGUCCAUCGCGGGCCAAUGCACCGUGGCUGGAAGACGCAGAGCUGUCUCUGCGACGGCCAAGCCGACCAGACCGGGACGGACGAACCAUUGUGA